ACAGCAUCCAAUUUAACAUUUUUACAUACCUCAAAUAUUAUAAUAAUGUUAACCCCUUCCGACGAAAUUUUGAUAGAUACAUUGUUUACUGAUUCGAUUACUGAUGUUUCAUCAACCGAUAUUAAGAAUGGAAGGGGGUAUCAGUUUUGGACAAGGGUAGUACAUAUUGGAGUUAAGGAACCUGCAGAUUUGCCAGGUUUUUGUAAUAAAAUAUGUGUUUACAUUCGUGACAUGUCAAGUUCACAAUGUGCAACCUUGGUUUUAUUGGAUGAUAAAAUACGUAUGACUACAUUGUUCAAAACGGGAGAUUUUUUGGGAAUACAUUUGCCGUAUAUUGGAACUGAAGAUAAAAGUCAUGAUGGGACGAUUCUUCAUUAUGGAGAUCUAACUGUUUUAUUUUGUCUACCAAUGGGUGAUCUUUGUAAG